AUGCAAGCCGUAGACAGCUCCGCAGCAGAGCCAGAGCUGGCUUACAGCAGCUUCUGCCCCAUCGUGCCAUGCGAAGUCUUGGCGACGGUGAAGAAGGGCCAGUGCUCCGGGUCGAGGGACGAGGCCAAGGCGUUCCUGGAAACGUGCGUCAGGGACAUGCCCGCGGGCUACGCCGCCGCGGUGGACAUCCCCAUCGAGUCGUGGCAUGUGCACCACUACAUGUGCAAGGUCAACGAGUGCCCCGGGACCGGCGGCUGCAGCGCGUCCCAUCUCGGAGCGUCCAGGGCGUGCAGGUCUGGGAUUGUAGGGACGCUGCGCAAGAUCUUCCCCGUGGAGAGCGAGUGGCGGGGACAGGAGCUGCCGCACGUGUCGAGCUUCAGCAUAUUCCAGCUACGAGCUUGGUCCAUGCUGGAGUGCUAUAUCACCGUGGGGCUUCUGGGGAAGGCGCUGGACAGCAAGGAGGUUGUUGCGUGGAGCCAGACCAUGCUGCAGAACCCCGUGUCUCUCAUCAUGGCGUUGCAAUCGUAG